AUGUCUGUUUCAGCUCCCGAAGCUAAUCCUGACAAUGAAUUGCCACCAGCAUGGGAAGAGCUGGCUACCAAGGAUGGGUUUGUGUACUACGUGAACCAUCAAGACAACGCCACUCAAUUGGCUCAUCCUUGCACUGGGAAGAUAAAACGUGUUUCCAGCGAACUUCCAGAAGGUUGGAAUAAACAGGUGGAAGAAGAAACCGGAAAGCCCCUUUUUGUUAAUGAAGCUACCCAGGAAAAAUCUUACGUGGACCCAAGACUAGCUUCUGCCAUUGAAGAUGAUCCUCAAACAAUCGGGCAACUCCGACAACGUUUCAAUAGUACUACUAGUGCUCUUGAAGUGCUCGAUGGCCAAGAUCUCACUGGAAAAGUAGCAAUAGUUACAGGAGCAAACACAGGCAUUGGAUAUGAAACAGCGCUAUCGCUGGCUUUACAUGGAUGUGAAGUUAUUUUUGCUUGUCGCAAUGAAUCAACAACAGGCAAAGCUAUUGCUAAAAUUAAAAGGAUUAAAUUAUCAGCUGGAAAAGCAUGUAAAUUUAUUAAACUCGAUUUAGCCAGUCUUCGUGCAACGAAAGAAUUUGCUGAUAACGUCAAAGCACAGUAUAAACAUAUUGACAUGCUUAUUCUUAAUGCUGGAGUGGUCGGUGCCCCAGAACACCUCACUGUAGAUGGCUACGAGACAACAUUCCAAGUGUGCCAUUUGUCGCACUUUUAUCUAACCAUGUUGCUGUCAGAUACGUUGGAUCACAUGUCCAGAGUAAUUGUAGUUUCAUCUGAAUUGCAUCGCGCCAGCAUGCUUCGUACUAGCGACAUAAACAUGGAAAAUCUGGCUGCCCCACCAAAAGCAUACUUUAGCAUGAAUGCAUACAACGAUGCUAAAUUAUGCAAUAUUAUGUUUGCGUUCGAGCUAGCCAGGCGUUGGAAACAUCGGGGUAUUUCUGUAUUCGUUCUUCAUCCUGGUAGCUUAGUUGCUACGGAGAUCAAUCGCAACUGGUGGUUCUAUAGAUUGUUUUUCCAGCUCAUCAGACCUUUCACCAAAUCCGUACAGCAAGCUGCCAGCACUACCGUUUACUGCGCCGCCGCUCCCGAGCUGAACGGACUAACUGGACUUUACUUUAAUAAUUGCUUCCUUUAUGGCCCAGCCAAUAGUACAAGAAACAGUAAAAAGCAGAAAAUUCUUUGGGAUCUCAGCGAGCAAUGCAUUGAACGAGCUAUGCAAUAA